AUGAAAGUCAAGUCCACCACUAGCACAGCUAUCGACAUGCGCAACGACGAACCAUCCACCAGCAAGACAAGUGCAACCUUCCGGGAUGGCGAUGACAUCGACGCCAUCAAAGGCGGCGACUCCAAAGCAGCCAACGAUGAGCAGACGCAUAUGACUUUGCGCACUGCACUACGACAAUACCCGAAAGCAGCGGCAUGGUCCAUUCUGUUCAGCACAACCAUUGUCAUGCUGGCAUACGAUACCAUUCUCCUCAACAGCUUCUACGCUUACCCAUCCUUUCAAAAGAAGUAUGGAACAUGCCAUACCGUCAACGGCAAGGCCAAAUGCCAAGUCCAAGCCAAGUGGCAGAGUAGUCUAUCGAAUGGUUCGAACGUUGGUGGAAUUAUCGGCUUGCUACUCAAUGGCUAUUUGGCAGAUCGUUACGGGCAUAAACAUGUCAUGCUUGUAGCUCUGUGCGCAACGACUCUAUUCAUCUUCGCACCAUUCUUCGCGCCGAAUCUGGGAGUCCUUGUCGUUGGCGAAAUCCUGUGUGGCAUACCGUGGGGAACGUAUCAAGGCUUGACAACCGCAUAUGCUUCGGAAGUUGCACCAGUAGCAUUGCGCUCGUAUAUCACGAGCUACAUUAAUCUAUGCUGGGUAUUCGGUCACUUCCUCGGUGCCGGCAUCUUACGUGCUCUGCUUACACGGACGGACAAAUGGGGUUAUAAGACCCCGUUCGCCAUCCAGUGGAUAUGGCCCAUACCGCUCUUCCUCGGAAUCAUGCUCGCACCGCAAUCUCCAUGGUGGCUCGUUCGAAAAGGUCGACUACAAGACGCCAAAGCAUCAUUGCGGAGAUUGACCAGCCACCAGGACGAACGUGAGCUGAAAGACAAUCUCGAGCUGAUGAUCCGUACGAACGAAAUCGAGCAGGAGAUCCGCACCGGCACCUCAUACCUGGACUGCUUUCGAGGUGUCGACCUGCGACGGACUGAGAUCGUAGUCAUGGCUUAUCUGAUUCAGUACCUUCACGGCAAUGGCCUUGCUGGGUAUAGCACCUACUUUUUCGAGCAAGCAGGACUCUCGCCGACUAAUGCCUUUGAUCUCACCAUGGGACAAUAUGCCAUCGGCUUCUUCGGUACGAUUUGCAGCUGGGCGCUAAUGGCACGUUUCGGUCGACGAACACUGUACCUGGCUGGAACAGUACUGUCGUGCAUCAUACUUUUUACCAUCGGCUUCAUCUCCCUGGCGCCUCGAGCGAACGAAAGUGCAAACUGGGCCACUGGGGCAUUACUGCUCAUCUUCUUUUCAAUUCACUCUACCUUCAUGGGACCGGUGCUGUACGCCGUCGUAGGUGAGAUGCCAUCAACACGGCUCCGACAGAAGUCGAUCGUCAUUACUGCGAGCGCUUGGAGCGUCAUGGGCAUCAUCAACUCGUCGUUGACGCCAUAUAUGCUUAACCCCGACGCAUGGGGUUGGCGAGGCAAAGCAGGCUUCUUCUGGGGCUGUUUCAGCAUCCUCUCGACAGUAUGGACAAUCUUCCGGCUUCCAGAAGCGAAGAACAGGACGUACGCAGAACUCGAUGUGCUCUUUGGGCGGAAAGUGAACGCUCGGAGGUUCAAGUCGACUGCUGUGAAUGUUGCAGAUGGUACGAUCGGUGACCGUCGACCGCAAGGUAGUCAUUGCAUCGCUAGCACUUGGCUCGACCAAGACUUCCCAUGGCACGAGAAUAUACUUCCUGAGACAUCAAAUUAUCCUCGUCGUACCCGGCAGCAAGCUUCCGAGCUUUGGCUACUUAACCCCUUACCCUUGCGCUGUUGCUAA